AUGAGCGAGAUAUUCAUGCAGGGAUUUUACGAAUGUGUGUGCACCGCUCUCUUCUUUCUUUCUUUCUUUCUUUCUUUCUUUCUUUCUUUAAGUCUCCGCCUCUUUCUGUUUUUACUAAUUCGUUCACUUUCUUCCUUUCUUUUACUAAAUCGCUCUCCUCUUUAUUUAUUUCACUUAUUCACCCACCUUCUUUCUUUCUUUCUUUCUUUCUUUCAUUCUUUCUUUCUUUCUUUCUUUCUUUCUUUCUUUCUUUCUUUCUUUCUUUCUUUCUUUCUUUCUUUCUUUCUUUCUUUCUUUCUUUCUUUAAGUCUCCUCCUCUUUCUGUUUUUACUAAUUCGUUCACUUUCUUCCUUUCUUUUACUAAAUCGCUCUCCUCUUUAUUUAUUUCACUUAUUCACCCACCUUCUUUCUUUCUUUCUUUCUUUCUUUCAUUCUUUCUUUCUUUCUUUCUUUCUUUCAUUCUUUCUUUCUUUCUUUCUUUCUUUCUUUAAGUCUCCUCCUCUUUCUGUUUUUACUAAUUCGUUCACUUUCUUCCUUUCUUUUACUAAAUCGCUCUCCUCUUUAUUUAUUUCACUUAUUCACCCACCUUCUUUCUUUCUUUCUUUCUUUCUUUCUUUCAUUCUUUCUUUCUUUCUUUCUUUCUUUCUUUCUUUAACCUUUCUUUCUUUCUUUCUUUCUUUCUUUCUUUCGUUCGUUCGUUCGCUAACUUCUUUUCCUGUCUAUUUAUUUCGUUCUUUCUUGCUUUCUUUCGCUAAUUCAUUCUCCUCUUUCUUCCUUUUGUUCUUUCUUUCACUAACGUUUUCUCCUCUUUCUUUCUUUCUUUCUUUCUUUCUUUCGCUAGCUUAUCUUUCUUUCACUAACUCGCUAUCCUCUUUCUUUCUGCAAGCUGUACCCAUGAUUUUACAAGUAAACAAAUGUGUGUGCACCGCUCUCUUCUUUCUUUCUUUCUUUCUUUCUUUCUUUCUUUCUUUCUUUCUUUCCCUAAUUCUCCUCUUCUUUCUUUCUUCAAUUAUUUCACUUAUUUUUUCUUUCUUUCUUUUAUCCAAUCACUCAUUUUUUUCAUUCAUUCUCAGUUUUUUUUUUCAUUUUUUUUAUUCAUUCAUACAUUCUGUUUUCACUCAUUCUCUAACCUUGCGUUCUUUCUUUGUUUCCUAUUUCUUUCCACAGUCUUCGAUCAUUCUUUCACUAACACGCUCUAAUAUUUCUUUUUCAUUAACUCGUUCUUCUUUUUUUCUUUCACUAAUUCGUUCUCCCUAUUUUUUUUCAUUCAUUAACUCACCCUGGUAUUACUUCCUUUUUUCUCAAACACCCUAUUUUCUUUCUCCCUUUCUUUCUUUCCCUAAUUCCUUUUUCUUUCUUUUUCUUUCCCUCCUUUCUUUAACGCGCUCUCGACUUUUGUACUUUCGCCUUUCUUUCUUUCUUUCUUUCUUUCUUUCUUUCUUUCUUUCUUUCUUUCUUUCUUUCUUCCAGUAA